GGUAUAUAAGACUCAUUCUACCAACAUAGCCCCUACCUGCUCCGUACACCAGUUUAUUAUCAUAUCCGUAUCAAUCGUUUAAUUAUUUAUCUAGAGUAAUUUAACAUAACGCUGAAUUAAUUAGGCUUAGCUCUGAGUUGAUACGUAACAUCGUCUCCAGGCUUCUUUUCUUUUUUUGGCCUUCAUCAGCCUUUUGUAUGAGCCUACCUGCCUUCGGUGCAGUCGUUGGCCAUCAUGAACUACUGCAUGCCUGACAUGUAUGAGAUGCCUCAUGGCGUGGGCGGUGGCUACCCGAUGCAGGGCGGUGGGGAGUACUGCAUGUAUGGAGGUGAUGAUCCCGGGGGGUACGGGCACUGUGAGCCCCAGCCCAUGCACCAGAUCCACCCUCCCUGCAUGGAGCAGGCUUGGCCACCCAGCCAGCCCUACGCCUGCUCCUACCCAGGACCCAACCCCGUGUUCAAAAGUGAAUACUGCACCAUGGAAGUGCCUCUCAGCCACUACAACCACCAGCCCGACUACUAUUCUGAGGGGAAGCCUGACUUCUCCCACAUGCAGUGGAUGCAAGAGGUCAACAAGAAAGGGUACAUCCCCAGUUACCUGGACAAGGAUGAGUUAUGUGUAGUAUGUGGGGAUAAAGCUACAGGAUAUCACUAUCGCUGUAUCACCUGUGAAGGAUGCAAGGGUUUCUUCCGGCGGACGAUCCAGAAGAACCUGAACCCGACGUACGCUUGUAAGUACGAGGCAAAGUGCGUCAUCGAUAAAGUGACCAGGAACCAGUGCCAGGAAUGUCGCUUCAAGAAGUGCAUCGCUGUCGGCAUGGCAACAGACUUGGUGCUGGACGACAGCAAGCGGCUCGCCAAGCGGAAGUUGAUCGAGGAGAACCGUGAGCGGCGGCGGAAGGAUGAGCUCCAGAAGACGGUGUGGGACCGGCCUGAGCCGUCCCAGGAGGAGUGGGACCUGAUCCGCAUGGUCACCGAGGCCCACAUGUCAACUAACGCCCAGGGCAACCACUGGAAACAGAAACGCAAGUUCUUGGUCGAGGAAGCAAUGCUACUUAAUGAAAUAACAUGUAAUUUAUUCUAUACUUCUGACCAGAGUGCAGUGGGGGUGAAGGAAACCAAGCCUGAGGACAUUGGUCAAGCACCGGUCAUAAAUGCACCUGAAGGGAGCAAAGUGGACAUUGAAGCCUUCAGUCAGUUUACAAAAAUUAUCACCCCCGCCAUUACCCGAGUGGUGGACUUUGCCAAAAAGCUGCCUAUGUUCUGUGAGCUGCCUUGUGAAGACCAGAUUAUCCUAUUGAAAGGCUGCUGCAUGGAGAUCAUGUCUUUACGGGCGGCCGUUCGCUACGACCCCGAGAGUGAGACGCUGACGCUUAACGGAGAGAUGGCCGUGACCCGCGGCCAGCUGAAGAACGGAGGCCUGGGUGUGGUGUCGGACGCUAUCUUUGAUUUGGGCUUAUCGCUGUCUUCGUUCCACCUGGACGACUCUGAGGUCGCUCUGCUACAGGCCGUCAUCCUCCUGUCCUCCGACCGUCCAGGGCUGACCAGCGUGGAGCGUAUUGAGCGCUGUCAGGAGGAGUUCCUUCUGGCCUUUGAACAUUACAUCAACUACCGCAAACACAAGGUGGCGCAAUUCUGGCCCAAGCUGCUGAUGAAGGUGACGGACCUGCGGAUGAUCGGGGCGUGCCACGCCUCCCGCUUCCUGCAUAUGAAGGUGGAGUGCCCCAACGAACUCUUCCCCCCACUCUUCCUGGAGGUCUUUGAGGAUUGACGGACAGACGGGCCCACACACCCUGCUGAGGUGUGUGUCGGAGUGUGUGUGUGCGUGGGCGCCUGGCGGGGGCUACGACAGUGGGCCUCAGAGUGGCUCUAGGCGUCUUGCGACACGUUGUUGGAACUCUCAUUAGCACUACUGAGUCACUUCAUUCCAUACCUUAGGUGUAGCCUAGCUUCUCAGCCUAGUUCUUAUGGAUGGAACCAUCCCUUAUGAUGCGGGUACAUGUGAAUAGCAUUUUCUUUUGGUUUUUAUUUUGUAAAUGUUUCACUUCUCAGUUACUUCUCUAUAAGUUUUUUGUGCUAAUUGUACAGUCUAAUUGCUGUCGUCGACAGUGCUCGUUCAGUCAGUCAUACAAACCAUGCAACGUGUAGUGUUUAAUUUUAGUCCAUUUUAAUACCGAAUGCUGACUCCACCAACACUGAGAAGGUCAGUGACAGACAGCAGAAGCCAGCUAACCAGCAUUAUUCCCUUUCUUUUCGCAUUCUCUUCCUACGAUACUUCCCCAGUCAAGGGAUGUGGAGUAGCUUUCAUACAGGUGUCCUUCUGGUGCUGGUGUUCUGUGAGAGCUACAGUUGAAGUCGUAAGUUUACAUACACUUAGGUUGGAGUCAUUAAAACUUGUUUUUCAACCACUCCACAA